AUGUCGCCGCCCGAUAAAUACCACUCGCGAUCUGCGCAGGCUGAUCAGCAGCAGUCAGUUUCAAGCCCUUCCCUUGGUCAUGGCGACCGCGACCGUCGUACAUGGCCGUCUCAACGACAUCAUCAGGCUACGUACCUGCCGCAAUUGGUUGUCAGCAUUCUCAAAUACCUAGACGACUACUUGGUGCUCUUGUUGUCAUGCCUGGCCAGACCGCUUCUCUCACUCACCCCGAGCUUCUUGCUCAGACAUACAAUCACCAGCUCUAGCCCUGAGAAGAGGAGGCCAACGCAGAAAAUUGCGUCACUCGAUGGACUCCGAGGUGUUGCUUGCUUGUUUGUGUUCCAUGCACAUUACGCUUACUCCUUUCACAAUUGGUACGAAGGGGUAGAUCUGGGGAUGACGCAAAGCAAGCUCAUGUAUCAACCUUUUGUCACUCUUCUCUGGUCGGGUCCUGCCAUGGUCGACAUAUUUUUCUUCAUCUCCGGCUACGUUUUGGUCUCAAAAUCUCUCAGGCUGAUCCGAGGCCAAGACAUGUUUCAGGCGUUCUCGACCAUUUCCUCGGCGAUUUUCCGUCGUGCGUUGCGAUUAUACCUACCUUCUAUGGCACUCAUUCUGACCUCGGCCGUCAUGGCGCACUUUGGGUUCUUCAACGCCGGACACAUAUAUUUCCUGCACGCGCAUGAUGGUGGCACCGGGCCAUCCGAGCAACCGCCUAUGCAACUAAAGUCGCUUCUCGCUCAACUCUACGACGGCUUGAAGGACUGUUACCGCCUGGCAGACAACACUAUUCCUUGGGGGAAAUUCAACUUUGCUUACGAAGAGGAGUGGAAUGCCCGACCUUCAGGCACCGUGUACGACAAACAUUUAUGGACUAUACCGGUUGAAUUCAAGUGCAGCAUGCUUAUCUUCGUGUUGCUGAUUGCCACUGCCCGGCUGCAGGCAAAGUGGAGGUUGAGCCUCCACACCGUUGUCUUUCUAAACUGCCUCUUCACGGAGCGGUUCUCAGAGUCCCUUUUUGUUGCCGGCAUGAUCUUUGCUGAACUCGACGCGAUAAGCCAGGAGUCCGACUCUACGAGAUUUCACGAUAUCAUUUUGCAGUCUCCCUCGCCCAGAGGCACAUCGGUAUUUCCAGCAGCUUUUGGCAAGAGGCCCCAUCCCCACAGUUUCCUGAAGCACGCCUUUGACAUUUGCUCUUUCACGUACGGCCUCUUCUUGUUGUCAAUGCCCCCGAUAGGCGCCAAUGAGUGGCCAACGUACCACGCGGUCCUCAAUUGGGUGCCACUAUACAUCAGCAAUAAGGAUGGUUUUGCCCGAGCGAUUGGCGCUAUCCUGGCUACAUGGCCAGUGGCGACUUCGGCCCUCAUUGCGCCUCUCUUCACCAAUCCAGUUUCUCAAUAUCUCGGACACAUUUCGUAUGCAUUAUACCUGGUCCACGGCUCAGUGAUCAAGUCGAUGUGGUAUGCUCUGCUGCCCAAGUUCGCCAAAUUUGUCACCCGAGCGCCAUCAAUCAGCGUGCAACCUCUUUCGCCCGAUGGGUGGAAGAUAGAGCUACAGAUAGAAGAUGAGGAUAAUCGCCUCUUUCAACUCCACGAAGGGUCAGCUCACGGUGACUGUAGUAGCUGGUAUAAAUGGUGA